CUACGGGCUUCGGGCACGGAGAUCACAAAGCGAGGGGCCUCUCAUCACACCCUCUCAGCGCGGGUGAUGUCAGCGUCACCUGCUCAGGGCGGUGUUGGCCAGCUCUCUGCGGGCAGAGUUUUCUUUCCUCUUUCCCGGUGGCAGUCGCUCAGCUGGGCUCACCCUCAAAGGGGCAGAUUUCGUUGCAGCUCCUUUGGGAGGGAGCGUCUGCAUUUAAAUAUUACUUGGAAUUCCUCUGUACAGCAGAUUGUAUCUUCUCUCUCAUUUCUUUCAUUUUUUUUUUGAAACUUGAAAAAAAUCUAAAUACAUUUAUUAAUACCAAUAAAAGUUCAUUAUUAAAGGGAAAAUUAAAAGAAAACAAUAAAAUGUAACAUUAAAAACAUGGUAAAGAUGAAACUCUAGAAGGUGAGUUGAUUGUUAUGAUCUGGCUAUAUCAAUUUUAUCUUGGGACUUGGUUUUCUCUUUUCUUUGAAUUUUAUUUUUAUACAGCAGGUUCUUGUUAGUCAUCAAUUUUAUACACAUCAGUGUAAACAUGUCAAUCCCAAUCGCCCAAUUCGUCACACCACCCCCCCAACCCCCCAUCUCUCAUUUCUUUACUCAUUUACUUCACUAUAGAAAUAGUGUAUAUUUAUACUUGGGUUAUAAUCCAAUUCUGCAUUAUUCAUGCUGUUCAAGUUGUUCCAGUUUUGGUCACUAUGGGUCUUCUCUGCUUGUCUCCUGGGUUCUCUGGGCGUCGGGCGCGCAGGCGCAGUGUGGGCGGGCGCACGUAGGCGGCAGGCGGGUGCGCAGGCGCAGUGGGCAAUGGGCGCCGAGUGCGCCGGAGCAAGUGCCCCGGGGCGGAGGGCGCACGUGGCCCGUGGACGGCGGCCGCACAGGCGCAGUGGGCGGCGGGCGCUGAGUGCGCAGGCGCAGGUGGGCUGCAGGCGGGCGCGCAGCCGCAGUGGGCGGCGGGCGCACGUGGCAGGCGGGGCCUCAGCCGCCGCGGGCGAAAUGCAGCCGUUACGCUGGCAGGUGGUGGCUGCUAUCGCCGCGGGCCUCGCGCUGGCCCUGGAGGCGCUGCCCGCCGUGCUACGCUGGCUGUGGGCCGGGCGGCAGCGGCGGCCGCGGCGCGAGGUGCUGUUCUUCCCGUCUCAGGUGACGUGCACCGAGGCCCUGCUGCGGGUCCCGGGUGCCGCGCCCUCCGGCUGCCCGUGCAGCCUGCCCCAUGGCGAGAGCUCGCUGAGCCGCCUGCUGCGCGCCCUGCUGGCAGCCCGCGCCAGCCUCGAGCUCUGCCUGUUCGCCUUCUCCAGCCCGCAGCUGGGCCGCGCAGUGCAGCUGCUGCACCAGCGCGGGGUGCGCGUCCGCGUGGUCACCGACUGCGACUACAUGGCCCUCAAUGGCUCACAGAUCGGGUUGCUCCGCAAGGCAGGGAUCCAGGUCCGGCACGACCAGGACCUGGGCUACAUGCACCACAAGUUCGCGAUCGUGGACGGGAAGGUGCUGAUCACUGGCUCGCUGAACUGGACCACCCAGGCCAUUCAGAACAACCGGGAGAACGUGCUCAUCACGGAGGACGAGGAGUACGUGCGGCUCUUCCGGGAGGAGUUUGAGCGCAUCUGGGAGGAGUUUGACCCCGCCAAGUACACCUUUUUCCCUCAGAACAGGAGACGUCGCUGAGAUGCCUGCACGUGGGGCGGUGGGGCCGGCGUCCCUCGAGCUGGAGCGCCCCUCGGGGGCCACGGCGACAUUCCCGCUAGGAGCCGCGCGCUUCCGGGGCCGGAGUCCACGUUCUGUGCGAGGAAAGCCAGUCCCGUUAAAUUCUCCUUUGUUAAAUGGCACAGUUCACUAGAGAGUGUUGGGGUUUACGAGGAAGAGGCCAUGCUGCAGCGGAAGGGCCGGGUUUUGGACCAAACGCGGGGUGCCUCCGUCAGGGUUGCGCGUGCAGGGAGGGCCACCGCCUCAUCACGGAGGCCGAUCCGAGCCCCUUUCCUGGUUCUGGGGCCUCCCUGGCUUCCCCUGACCCGUCGGUCCAGCCCUCGGGCCCCUCAGUGCUCCCUCAGCCCCCAUCCGGCUGGCGGAACCUGGAUGGCCAGAGGGUGACGGUCCCUCCCUCCGUGCUGUCUCCAGCUCCUGGGGGGAGGGGCGGGGGAUGGCACGGCGAGGAGGAGUGGCCAUCAUCCUUGGGAAUCACUCAGUAGAAGGGACGAGCACUGAGAGCUUGGUGCUUGGCAGCCCCUGGUGUAUGUGAGGUGAAGUGAGCAAUCGUAACACGUGGAAACAGGAGUGUCCAGAGCUGCUCCUGUUUCCACGUGUUAGGAUUUUAACUUUUAGCAUUCUCACAUUCAGAGAAAUUUGGUUGUGCAUUUAGAAUUGACCUUCACCGCGACACUCGUGGCUUUGCUCAGUAUCACCGAGGCAGGACCCAGGGUGGCCUCACUGGGCUGUCCUGGUUCCCGGGGCAGGGAUGUGACAUGUUUGAACUGUCCCGGAGGCAGCUCCGAAGACACCUGGACAGCAGUUGCUCUCUCCUGUCGCUCAGACCCGGUGGGCACCCCUGGGUCUCCUCCCUCAUCUCCCAGCCCCUGGGGACCCUUCCCCCACAUGGCGUGUUCCUCUCGAUUUAAAGUUAUCUCUGACUUAGAGUGUCAGAUAGGUAAACCCGAAGCUUAGCUUUUCUUACUCAACCAAGGUGUACUCUCAGAUUGGAAGUCACAGACGUGGCUUCACAGUGACCGUGUUUCUCCCCUGAGCUGGGCCCGCCGCCUCGAAUAAACGUGCUCUCCCCUA